AAAGCAGUUUAAUGUAAUUUUGUGGUAUUAAUUGUUUAUCACAUGCUUCAUGAAUAUAAAAGUUAUGUUUGGCAUUAAAAAGAGCUUGUACACAAACCGUUAUGGUAGUGAGCGCUAUUGAGGAACUACUUCUCCCAGAAUCCUUUUGCGUAAUUGCCGUAUUCAAUCCGUAGUGUCGCAAACCGUAAACCACUGGCGGCUUCUCUAAAGAUAGAACAAGUUACUUUAUCACCACGUUGUUCGCGUGCUAUACGAGUAAUUUUUUGUUAAAUGUCAAAUCUUAAUAAAUCAUGGAACUCACCGCUGCCAGGUCAACGUUUUACGGCGACAUCGGUCACUGGGCUGACCGCACGCCGGUGCACGAAGCUGCGUCUCUAGGUCGAGCUCUGCAGCUGAAACAGCUGAUCGAAGCAGGAGCAUCAGUUAAUAUCGUGUCUGUGGAUAACUUCACCCCUCUGCAUGAUGCCUGCAUCCAAGCACAUCCCAAGUGUGUUCAAAUACUGCUGGAGGCUGGAGCUCAGGUGGAUGUGCGCACUAUCCAUGGCAGUACUCCUCUCUGUCACGCCUGUGCUGCUGGAAGCAUAGAAAGUGUGAAGCUGCUGGUGGAUCACGGAGCAUCGGUCAACCCUUCCCUGACCGCCCUGACGGCUUCACCCCUCCACGAGGCCUGCAUACGAGGUAACCCAGACUGUGUAAAGCUUAUGAUAGACAAGGGAGCACUGCUGGAGGCCUUUGACAUUUACUUUGGGACGCCGUUACAUGCUGCUUGUGCUAAAGCUCACCUAGACUGCGCCCUGCUGCUGCUCAAUGCGGGCGCUAAGGUGAACGCCACCAAGUUCCACGAGACGGCGCUGCAUCAUGCGGCGAGGGCCGAGAGAGUAGACCUGGUGGAGCUGUUGGUGGAGUUUGGUGGAAAUGUCCACAUAAGUGAUAACUUGGGUCACAAACCAAGAGACUAUACAAAACCUGAAUCCCCUGCCAGUCUCUGUCUGCUGCACUAUGAGAGUAACCCUCUGUCUCUGCAGCAGCUGUGCCGUAUCGCCCUGAGGACUGUGCUGGGCACCAGAGCUGUGGAGCUGAUCCCGAAACUGGACAUAUCACAGCGCACCAUUGAUUACCUCGUGUACAAGUCAUAACUUUAGAAAACAGUUUCUUAGAGUCUUAUUUUGUUUAGAAACCGUUAAUAGACAGCUGUUUGUAAAGUCUUAAAUUUGAGUCAGUUAAUUUAAUUAUAGAUAAAUAUAAGUUUAUGUUUAAUUAAUUUCAGUGAAUAUGCUACAUUGCCUUAAAAUCUUUUGCAAUGUAAAUGUACAAAUAAUAUAACCAUUUGUAUUAGUGUUGGCCCUGUGAUUUUUUUGGACAACCAGAAAGUGUCCAAAUACCUUUUGUCUUAAAGGCAUUGUUUUAUAACUUAAACUUAAACUUUCUUGCUAGUAAAUCGUUUGUGAUAUACUUUAUUAAAAUAAAUGCCAUGGGCUUUCCAUCAGGAGGUCCUGAAAGCACUUUAGGAGGUCUGUUGAGAAGAUAUAUAUAAAACAUAUAGCACUUAACAUUUUCGUGAUGUUUAACUAUUGAACUCAAAAAUGUCUGUCUAUUAACCAUUAUGUAUUGUCCAUUGUUUGCAAUUAAAGGUUGAAAACCA